GCCAAACCCUUGCUACUAUUCCGUCAUCGCAUUUCCUUCAGGUUGGUUGUACAGUAGUUGACAGCUUAGCGUUAAGCACCAAUUACUUGGGAUCGGGCAGCUGUAGGAUUCGCUCUACGAUCCCAUUCAAUGCAACGCUCGAUAUGCUUGGAAAUCAGUAGGGCGUACUCCGUGCUACCAUACCGAUUCCAUACUUCUCCACCCAAAUCAACUACGUAUUAACGAGCUAUAAAGCCAUCAAGAAGCGAAGCGAUAAUCCCCCAAACUAUGGCUUCUCAAGCACCUAAAGUCCUCAUCUUCGGCGCCACCGGCGUCAUCGGCCGCUUCAUCACAGCCGCCCUCGUUGACUCCAAACCCUCGCUCGGCCGACUCGGGAUCUUCACUUCCGCCAACACCGUCGAGACGAAGCCCGCCCAAAUCAAAUCCCUCCAAGACCAAGGUGUCGACGUCAUCGUCGGAGACGUGCGCAGCGAGAGCGACGUGCGCGACGCCUACGCAGGCUUCGACACCGUGGUGAGCGCGGUCGGGCGGAACGUCAUCGCCGACCAGAUCGAGCUGAUCCGCAUCGCCGAGGCGACGCCGAAUAUUCGGCGGUUCUUCCCGUCAGAAUAUGGGACGGAUAUCGAGUUUGGGCCGCAGUCGGCUGGGGAGAAGCCGCAUCAGCAGAAGCUGAAGGUGAGGGGGUUCAUCAGGGAGCAGGUGAAGAGGCUGGAAUAUACGUAUCUGGUGACGGGGCCCUAUUCGGACUUGUAUAUCGGUAGGAGUAAUGGCAAUAUCGAGGCCGGUGGAUUUGACGUGCAGAGGAAGAAAGCAGUGCUGCUGGGAACUGGCAAUGAGAAGAUUGCCCUGACGACGAUGUCGGAUGUUGGUAAAUUGCUCGUUGCAGCAAUCCAGCACCCUGACGCUUCCCGCAACCGCGCCCUCAUUGUGAACUCCUUCGUCACUACCCCGAAGGAGAUCCUCGCGGAGUACGAGCGCCAGACCGACUCGAAAUGGGAAGUCUCGUACACGCCACUGGAGGACUUGAAGACGCGGGAAGAGCAGCUUUGGAGCGCGGGAAACCCCAUCGCUACGCUCUAUACGCUCCGGCGGAUAUGGACGGAGGGUGGCACGUUGUACAAUAGGCCGAGAGACAAUGCACUGAUUGGGGACCCGGAUACGGAGUCACUGGAGCACGCUGUAGGAGAGGCGAUCAAGAAGAAUGCAUAGGUAUUAUGCUUAGGGAACUUUGUCCCCGGGAAAUUUCAUCAGAUACACUCUUUCAUGGCAUAUUCAGUCAUUAUCGUCACUAUUUCCCAGGAAUAUGCACUCAUCAGAUUCCCUGCGAGGGCGAAUCAUCUGGACGAAGACUGUCCCUUUUUCUUUUUCGGUUACCUCGUUGGCCUACUUGCGUUGGAGAAGAUGAAUAUAUACAUCUCCUGCAUUUUCCAUGUUUACUUGGAGUUGCCGACGCCGUUUACAUACCCAUUAUAAUCCUCGUCCUCGGCGUCGGUAACUUGUGGAUGACUAUCCGUAUCAUUUCGUGAGCAUACCUUCGGCUGGGACUGCCUAUGUAUCAUGCUCUCUAGACUAUGACAUGGCUUAGUCGAGAACACGGCAUCAAGGUCUGAAUGGAUCGAAAACCCCGGAAAUUUUUCUUCUGAUAUGGGCCGAUCGAGAUAUUGGUUCGAUUGGAAAGGUAAAUGGGUAUUCUUUC